AUGUCGGAUUCAAGGCAAGUCAGUCCGAGGGACAAUUCCGCACUGGAUCCCAUUAUCCAUGGGUUGAAGGGUGUCGUACAUCAUGAGAAGGAGACCUUCCUGGAUCCUUUUGUCCUCCGGGACCUCCUGCCUGCAUCCCUGGGCAGCUACUACCGGUACACCGGCUCCCUGACCACUCCACCAUGUAGUGAAAUCGUGGAGUGGAUCGUCUUCCGGAGGCCCGUCCCCAUCUCUUACCAUCAGCUCGAGGCUUUUUAUUCCAUCUUCACCACGGAACAGCAAGACCACGUGAAGUCGGUGGAAUAUCUUAGAAAUAACUUCCGACCACAGCAGGCUCUGAAUGACAGGGUAGUGUCAAAGUCUGCGGUCCGGGACGCCUGGAACCACGACAUGGCAGACUUCUUAGAAAACCCACUAGGAACAGAAGCCUCUAAAGUCUGCAGUUCUCCACCCAUCCACAUGAAGGUACAGCCUCUGAACCAGACGGCACUGCAGGUGUCCUGGAGCCAGCCAGAGACCAUCUACCACCCACCUAUCAUGAACUACAUGAUCUCCUACAGCUGGACCAAGAAUGAAGAUGAGAAGGAGAAGACGUUUACAAAGGACAGUGACAAAGACUUGAAAGCCACCAUUAGCCAUGUGUCACCCGAUAGCCUUUACCUGUUCCGAGUCCAGGCCGUGUGUCGGAAUGACAUGCGCAGUGACUUCAGCCAGACGAUGCUGUUUCAAGCUAAUACCACCCGAAUAUUCCAAGGGACCAGAAUCGUGAAAACCGGAGUGCCCACAGCCUCUCCUGCCUCUUCAGCGGACAUGGCCCCCAUCAGCUCUGGGUCUUCUACCUGGACGUCCUCUGGCAUCCCUUUCUCAUUUGUUUCCAUGGCAACUGGGAUGGGCCCCUCUUCCAGUGGCAGCCAAGCCACCGUGGCCUCGGUGGUCACCAGCACGCUCCUGGCUGGCUUGGGGUUUGGUGGUGGUGGCAUCUCCUCCUUCCCCAGCACUGUGUGGCCUACACGCCUCCCAACGGCUGCCGCAGCCAGCAAGCAAGCAGUGAGGCCAGUUCUUGCCACCACUGAAGCCUUGGCUUCUCCAGGGCCUGAUGGCAACUCGGCACCAACCAAGGACGGCGAGGGUACAGAGGAAGGAGAGAAGGAUGAGAAAAGCGAGAGCGAGGAUGGGGAGCGGGAGCAUGAGGAGGAGGGGGAGAAGGACUCUGAGAAGAAAGAAAAGAGUGGGGUGACCCACGCCACUGAGGAGCAGAACCAGACAGCACCCACCCCCACCCCCUCGUCUCCCCACAGGACUGCUCAGGGGGGUGGACAUCAGACUAUACCUUGGCAGGGGCAGGGCCACCCUGCCACUCCCACCAACCAGCCUGGCCUGGACUCUGAUGAGGUCAUCCCCACCCAAGUGCCCCCCACAGCCACAGAGGAUCAUUAUGCAGGAGGUGACCCCAGGAGGCCUGAAAUAACAUCUAAAAAGCCUACGUCCCGAGGGGACCGAUUUUCUGAAGAUAGCAAAUUUAUCACUGUUAAUCCAGGUAAGUGGUACUGGUCUUCCUCGGGAGGGGGGGCCCAUGUUGCUGUGAACUGCCAGGGGAAGGGGGGGUUGUGA